AAAUGAGUGAUAAACCUGAUGAAAUACCGAUAAAUGGAUCAAACAAUUUAGGAGACAAUUUAAAUUGUAGUGAAGCUGAAGUCGUCUCCAGGUCACUUAAUUGUAAUAACCCUUGUUAUAUUUGUCUCUGUGAAUUAACUGACCCUUGUUAUGCUGAUGGUUGUCUUCAUAUAUUUUGUACACCCUGUUUGUCACAAUGGUCAAAACAGUCCAAUCGAUGUCCAGUUUGCCGGACCACCUUCAAUAACAUUAUUUGUAAUGUAUUGGAUGACCAUUUAUAUGAUGAGAUUCCAGUUUCCGAGUCAACAACUGGCCACUGGUCAAGCAAUUUACUAAAUGUUACCAAUUAUUGGGAUUCAAUGAUCGACUCCAUGGUUACUAAUUUAACCAACGUUUUAAAUUUACCAUCACCGAGGGAAAUUUUUUCCAAUUAUCUUGAAUAUCCUAGAGAAUCAACAACAACAAUUAACAUUAAUUCAUCUUCAUCCAAUUCAAUAACUGCAAUUAAUUUGAUUGAACCACAAUCGGGUUGGACUUUAGUUCAAAAUCGACGAAAUCGGAGAAAUCAAUUUAGAUCUAAUCAUAAUCGUAAUCAAGUAAUUGUCAUCGAUGAUGAUGAUAAUAAUAAUAGUGAUGUUAUUGUCAACCCUAAUCAACCAGAAUUAACAAUCAACCAAAGCCCAUUGAUUGAAACAAUUAACGAAACAAGUACCAACAACGAUGAAGACAAUCAAUCAAAUGAUAAUUGAUUAAACUGAUUGAUUAAUUUUGUAUUGAGAUAAUAAAUCUGAUGUUUAAUUAUCCAGAAAUUGAUUCUUAAUUUUGUCAACAAUUAACCAUUAAAAGUUAUCCUUAUUUUCAUCACUAAUUGUAAUCUAAUUGAACGAUAAUAAAUCAUUGGAUUUUUAUAAUAA